GGGGAACUUAUCUUGUAUCCCUGGCGACCAACGACGCGCGAGGAGUCAGCAGAAAUGAUGACGGACGGCUGACCGCGACGGCGAACGCGGACAGGUAGUACGAUCGUCGGCUGAUCCGACAUGGACGAGAGCCUGGAGUGUUGCGUUAUGUCUCUGGAGGAGAACGCGGAGGACGUGCGCGACGAGGCCCGACGGGCGCUGCUGAGUAUCUGCCGGAACGUGCUGAGGUCGCCGGACAGCUGCAGGUCCCGCGAGCUGCGCCUCGACGACGAGGUCGUCGUCGAGAAGCUCCUGCCGGCCGUCGGCGCCAUGGAGUGCCUGUUCGACAUCGGCUACGUCGAGGAUGGCGAGCGCAUAUUCUUACCGCAAGACGCCUCCCUCUUGAAGCUGCAGAGCCUGUCGAGGCUGCUGUGCGGCGGCAAGGACGUCAAUCUUAUUACCGACGACAUUGACAAGACGUCUACGACGCAGAAGGCGUUCUUCAACAGGGUCGUCAGCCACUUCCGCGGUGUCAUGGACUACGAGGAUCCGGAGCUGCAGAGAAUGGCCAAGCGAGUCGUGCCCGUAGUGCAAUUGGAGAUCGCGACAAUGGAGAAGAUAAGGGAUCUGCAAAACUCCUUGAAAUCGGGUAGCGCGACCGAAGCCUCCUCGCAGCUCGAGGCGGAAUUGAUGGCUAAGGACUUAUUCCUGGUCGAGUUGCUGCGCUGGUUCAAGUACAGAUUCUUCAAGUGGGUCAACAGCCCGAAGUGCCCGACGUGCGGCGCCGAAUGUGUGUACGAGAAUGUGAUACGAUCGACAGAUCCUCAUUGCUCGAGGAUAGAGUUGCACAGAUGCCAGAGAUGCGGCAUAGUUGUCGAAUUUCCCCGUUACACGCACCCGAAGCCGCUGCUGACCCUGCGCCGCGGCCGCUGCGGGGAAUGGGCCAAUGUCUUCACCCUGUUGUGUCGCUCGUUGGGCUACGACGCGCGAUUUGUAUGCGACGAGACGGAUCACGUCUGGACGGAGAUAUGGUCGGCGUCGAACAAGCGAUGGAUCCACGUGGACCCGUGCGAGAACGUCGUAGACAAGCCGUUGAUGUACGAGAAGGGGUGGCAUAAGAAGCUGACGUACAUAAUAGCCUACUCCAGGGACGAGGUGCAGGACGUCACGUGGCGUUACACGCGGGACCAAGAAGCGGUCAUGAAGAGGCGAAAGGCCUGCAGCGAGCAGAGCCUGAGACACUUGCUCCAGUCGUUGACCAGCCAGCGGCAGAACGCCGCCGGUUACAGCCGCGCGCGCAGGGAGUACGUCGUCAAGCGGAGUCUGUUGGAGCUCGGCGAUAUGCUGUACAUUCCAAAUUCGCAGGGCACGGAUUCCGACGAGGAGACCUACGAGGCGCGAACCUCGGGCUGUCUCCUAUGGCGACUGGCGCGGGGCGAGAUCACGAAUGACGACUUGGGGUGUUACACUUGGGACAUUUCGAGUUACGGGCAAAUGUUCGAGCUGCGAUAUAACGUCGUUAAAGACCGGUAUCACGCUGUACGGUGCGACAACGGCGAUAUUCUGGAACGAACGUCCGGAUGGAAGAAAAGGGUACGCCACUCAGAGGGUGGGAUCUUCCGUAAAGUGGAGGACGACUGGAAGAUGGUUUACUUGGCGCGCUCCUCGGAUACGGCGCGCGGACGUGUCCAGUGGAGCUUCGAAGUCGGCAAAUCCAAAUUGUGUAUAGGGACGUUUGCUCUGAAGGCCAAGUCGGAGGUGUUCCACGGAGCCACGGUGUCCUGGGAGCUCGAGGUCACCUUCCACGACGACAGAACGGCUGUCAUAGACGUCCCCAAUUGCAGUAACUUCCGCACGGAAGAGGCGAGAGGGGCGGUGCGAUUGAGCGUAGUAGCAACGUUGUCCGGCGGAGAGGGUCGAGAAGCCUGGCAGCACGCGCAACUCUUUCGACAGAGCCUGGACAAUACCGAGGAACCCUCGAUGAUAAUUAACAUUCAAUUGAAGAGCUGUAGCCGCCACCGCCACGGCGUAUGAUUCUAGGCCGUACGCUCUCGCCUAACUUUCGUUGAUUGAGGGAUGAGAUUUACGUUAUAUAAUAUAUUAACAGCAUUGUUUUACAUAUUAUCUGUUACGUUUCGUAAGGAUAUCGGACUUGGUGUAGUGAUGACUAAUCUAAUCGUCGGCGUAAAUUAUAUAUGAACUUAUAAGCGCGGAAGAUUAUUGUGAAACUCGUCGAGAGAGACGCUCACAUUUUUAUACUCGCUCGUUCUCAGCCGGGACGAUAUUAUUAUAUAAUUCAAAUAUAGUAAUUCAAUAACUUCAUUCUUAGAUAUUUUCUCCAACGUAUGUACAACUGGAUUAAUUUUUCAAUUACAGUUACCCGACCAU